ACGGAUGGGGUGCUCGCUGCUCGCAUUGUCUGUCGGGACGGUGGCGGUGAAUGUCUGCCGUCUGUCAGAAACGCUCGCUGAUGCCCAUUAAGGCUUAUUAGUGUAUAAAGUAACGUUCGACCCGUACUGGAGAUAGAUUCGCAAGCGUCAGUGCUCCCUUUUCUUCCUUCCUUCAUUCGUUGAGUUUCUGAAACGGUAAGACAAACCGACCCUAACUAGCUAGAGCAAGCGCUUGUUGCGUUCAGCCGGCGAGGAGGAGAGGAGAGGAGUGGCGGAUCGGGCGAGGAGGCGCACGGCGCUUGAUCGCAGAGCCAAAGGCGGCCGAUGACUUCGGAGAGCAGCAGCCAAGCGCAACAGAAGGAGGAGGUCGAGCCGGGAUCAGUCGCCCGAGAUCAAGAGGAGAAAACCGGAGAGGACCCAGGCGGCAUGGUGACCACCAAGGGGGCCAGUCUGAAUCCCAAUGCUAAAGUGUGGCAGGAAGUGUCUGCACCAAACACCCAGGCUCCAGAGGCAGCCACAGAGACGUGCCAUUGGCCACAAGCAGAUACUGUCUCCACAGAGGAGUCGGAAGGUUUCAAGGAGUAUGGUGUUGGCUAUGGUGACUCUGAGUCAGCCCCUCCUAUGGAGAACAGCAUGUUGAAUGGCAUGGAGUCCGCAGAACUGGCUUACCCACUCUACGAACCAGUGGAGGGUGAGACGGUCGAGGAGCAGCCUCCGCUGUCUGAAGAGAGUCUGAAGGAUUCACUGAAGAAGCAGCUGGAAUUUUGCUUCUCAAGAGAGAAUCUCUCCAAGGACCUUUACCUGAUGUCUCAGAUGGACAGUGAUCAGUUUGUCCCUAUUUGGACUAUUGCAAGCAUGGAGGGGGUCAAACUGCUGACUACUGAUAUGGACCUGAUACUUGAGGUGCUACGAGCUUCUCCCAUGGUGCAGGUGGAUGAGAAAGGUGAGAAGGUACGGCCAAACCACAAGCGAUGCAUCAUCAUCCUCAGAGAGGUUCCUGAGACCACGCCUGUAGAGGAGGUGGAGGCCCUGUUUAAAAGUGAAAAGUGUCCACAGGUUAUCAGUGUGGAGUUUGCGCACAAUAACAACUGGUACAUCACAUUCCAGUCUGACACAGAUGCUCAGCAGGCCUACAGAUACUUGCGUGAGGAAGUCAAAACCUUUCAGGGCAAACCAAUUAUGGCUCGAAUCAAGGCCAUAAACACGUUCUUUGCUAAGAACGGUUAUGGGGCCGUUGACUCUGGGGUUUACGCCACUCCAUCACAGUACUCCUCUCCAGUUUACCUGCAGCAGGUGUACCAGCCUCCACAGCAGUACCCUCUCUAUAGCCUCCUGCCACAGACAUGGACCCCCUCACCGACCCCUUACUUUGAAACGCCACUGGCUCCAUUUCCCAACAGCACAUUUGUUAAUGGCUUUGGCACAGCAGGAAACUACAAAACUGGCUCCUCUCCAAUCAGCCUUACGCGCAACUACCCCCGCAACCGACUUCCACUUUAUUCCAGAAAGAAUGUAAUCAAUUCCUUCAGAAAUCAUGUAAAGCCACAGCCUCAUGCUGAUGUGUGUCAGCUGACAGAGACUUCGUCUGGUACCGAUAGUCCCCAGCCUCCAUGCACUCCUACUUCAGACACCACUGCCUCCGCCCUCACUCCGCUCUCUGAACCGCCAGCUUCCCCCAGAGAGAACCACCACUCAGACCUCGGCAACAGCAGCCGGGCCAGGAGAGGAAGCUAUCGUGGCAUGAGGAGGAGAAGAGAAGAUGAGAGAACGAGGCCGAAUCCUGAAUCAGAAGUGAAAGCUCCACCCCCUAAGUUUGACCUCGCAACCACUAACUUCCCGCCAUUACCAGGAGGUGCCCCGAGUCGUCUGCCAGGUGUAACCGUGCAAACUGAGUCGGUGUUGGAAAAUCGCAUGGCAGAUGUAGUUAAGGGCAUCAGCAGGGACAAGCCGGAAACAAGUAAGCAAGAUGUCAGUCAAGAUCCUGGAACUUGUCCAGUGGAAGCUCAAUCGACUGGACCCUCUACUCCAGCGCCAAAGCUUCCUGCCACAAAACAGGACACACCUACCACUAGUACGUCAAAUCAAGUGAAGAGACCUGAGAAAGAGGUCCAGGUCUCCGACACACCUCCAGACCAUGCGUCGGUGACUACAAAGCACGUCCAGCCCAUUUCUGCCCCCAAAACUUCACGCAGCCAAUCAAGCACUUCAAACACUGCAUCUACACCACCUGUCCUAACAAGCACAACUGUCCAGGAGCCUCGGAAGCUGAGCUAUGCGGAGGUGUGUCAGAGGCCACCCAAAGACCCUCCCCCUGCACCGGCUGCCCCACCUAGCCCCAGCCCCACCCCUUCUCCCACCACAAACCAACCACUACGUGAACUUCGCGUCAACAAAGCGGAAGGCCCAGCCUCAUCCCGCUGCAGUCCUGGCGAGAAACUGGAGAAAGGAAACGAGAGUCGGACUUCCAGAGAGCAGACUGGCUACCAACGUGGUAACGGCCCCAGAGGGUCAAGUUUUAAGCUCGGAGAGCAACAGAGAUGGCCUCUACAGGGUCGGCGCUCCUCUCCACAGACGGGGUACUACAGACGCAGUGGAAAAGAACAAAACAUCCCACCCAGAUCGCCAAAGUAAUGCCUCGUAUGCCCACAACACACGUGCACACUUGUGUGUAUGCUUGGAUACACAACUUAUAUAUAUGAAAGUAAGAGUAUA